CUGGUUUACCAAGAUGGCGCAGAGUCCGGCUCGAGUUUUCGCUUCUCUUGUACCGGCCGCCGGCGACGGUUAUGGGGGUGUGAAGGAGCUGGAGGUGAGCCGGGAUGUGAAGGCGGGGUGUAGUCGGUGUGGUGGUCGCGGGAGGCAGGUGGAGGUGACGGGCAGCGCGGAGCUGUGUGUUCCUCCGGACCGGGCCGCUGUUACCGUCUCCGUGUCGAACAGCAAGGAAACCGCUCAGGACGCCGCUAACAGCGUGCAGCGCAGACUGGACUACAUCCUGCACACCGGCCGCCAGCACGGAGUCCCGGAGGAGGACAUCACUGUGAUGAAACACUUGCAGAGAGAGGAAGAGCUGUACUGUAUGCAGGCUGAGGUAAGCAUGGUGUUUUCCGACUUGGUGAAGAUGCAGACCGUUCGCUCGGUGCUUGUUGAAAAGCUGGACAGAAGUGUGUGUGUCGGAGAUCCACGUUUCUCUCACAGUCCAGAAAGCCUCAGUGUGUUACGGAGACGUGUGUGUGCAGCAGCCGUGGAAAACGCUCGACUUAAAGCACAGGAGGUGUGUAACAUGCUAGGACAGGCUUUAGGACGGCCCUUAUCGGUACGGGAGGAGGAGUCUCGGGAGUGGAGAUCUGGACAGCAAGAAGGCGUGACCCGCACUCUGACUCUACAGGAGAAGGUGGGCCAGAUGUCGAUCACUGCAUCAUCACACGUGUUUGUGACGUUUGAGCUGCGGCCUAAGGACAGGACGAGGAAGAGGUUAUGAAGAACACAUUCUUGGAGCUAACACAAAUCAAAACAGCCAGAGAUAAAUAUUCAUCAGGGAACUACAGGAAGACAUGAAAUAACAUCACGUGUGCUAACGGAAUGUGCAAGACUUAUGGCCAGUAUGAUUUAAUAUAGCGACAAAUUUAAAACACCGCAGUGGUUGUAGUUCAACUUCGACUUUCAACUUCUAAAAGUCAAAUAAACUGGAAUCUGUAACAUAAGCACAGUUCCACACAGGUAUCGGAAGGUUUUAGGACUCUCCUGACUGAAAACAACAUGCUUCCUGAAUUACAUUUCAGGAAAUGUGGCCAUUAAACAGAAUAAAUAAAGAAUAAAGCACUACACGGUGUGCGGUUAUAAGAAAUUAAUCAACAUCGUGGUGGUGUGAUGUGGCCCGAGAGUUCCUCUAAGCAGAGUUACUGUUUCCACCCACAUGCUUAUUAUUUUCCAAUAAUGUCCCAGCAUGUGCCAAAGUCCUUUAUUCCUCUUAUACAGCAGGAAUUUGUCAAUUAUUGAGUUUUUAAAUGUAUUAAAGAAUGAUUUCUAUUUGGUAUGUGUUUA